CUAGGUAAAUGCCAGAGAACAAACAGUCAAAACAACACUUGAGUCACAGGAUGUUGACAUUGACUUGUUUACCAUGAGACUGAGCUGCGUCUCCUCUGAGACGGUCACAUGGACCCUGGUUGUCUCUGCCUGCCCACCUUAUCACUGCAAGUGGGUAAACAGUGCCCACUGGGACAUGUGACACAUGCAGCACUGGGUAGGUGGGGGCAAUUCUUUGAAAAGAUCUCAAGGCAGCAAGCCGGCAGGAAUGUGUGCUCUAGUUGGUGGGAAGGAUCGGGUGUCACCAGCUGUGAGGGGCUGGUAUAAAGGACAGAGCUGCGAGCUCUCCACCAGAAUAGAUACCAACAUUUCACCAGCAACUGCAUACACCAGGGAUGAGUUCAGAUUCUGGCCUCUUUGAAACCAGCUUUUAGUUUUCUCUUGUGAAAUAUAAGGACAUUUUCUGGUCUAAGAGUAGACAAAGACUUCUGCAUUAUGGACGUCCAGAGGACAGGAUCCACCAUUCGGCCCCCGAGCCCCAUGGAUAGCCUAGAGAAGCAGCUAAGCUGCCCCAUCUGCCUGGACAUGUUCACCAAACCUGUGGUCAUCCUGCCCUGCCAGCACAACCUGUGCCGUAGCUGUGCCAGUGACCUCUACGACUCGCGCAACCCAUACCGCUUUUCUGGUGGCGUCUUUCGCUGUCCUACCUGCCGGUUUGAGGUUGUGCUAGACCGCCAUGGUGUGCAUGGGCUCCAGCGAAACCUGUUGGUAGAAAAUAUCAUCGACAUCUACAAGCAGCAGCAGGAAGGCAGCGGCAGUGGAAGCCCAGAAACCACCCUGAAGCCUAAAGAGGGCAAAGAACCCAUGUGCCAAGAACACGAGGAUGAGAAAAUCAAUAUCUAUUGUGUGACCUGCCAGGUACCCACCUGCUCUAUGUGCAAAGUGUUUGGCCAGCAUAAGGACUGUGAGGUGGCGCCUUUAGCAAGUAUUUACCAGGCUCAGAAAGGUGAACUGAGUAAUGCUAUUGACACCCUGGUGGCUAGCAAUGGUCGCCUGCAGGCUCUGCUCAACCAGAUGGAGGAUGCCUGCCGCGCCGUGCAGGACAACGCUCAACGUGCUAAACAAGGGCUAGCUGAACGCUUUGACCUGUUAUAUGCUGUCCUGGAGGAGCGCAAGACCAUUCUGCUUGAGCAGAUCGGUAAAGAACAAGAUGAAAAGGUGGCUGCUCUCCGGGCGCUGGCCCAGCGUUACGGUGAACGACUGCAGUCGAGUACAGAGCUCACAGACACGGCUGUGAGGGCGUUGGAGCAGGGUGGUGCUGCUGAGUUCCUGUUAGCCUCCAAGGGCCUUAUCACGCAGACCAAAGAUGCAGCUAAAAGCUCACUGGGGGAAGAGAGGCCAGAGCCAGGCUUUGAGAAGAUGGACCACUUCACUCUGUCAACAGAGCACGUUGAAACAGUCCUAGCAAAAAUGGACUUUGGAAUGGUCGAUGAUGAUGAGUUUGAGGAUGCAGAAGAUGAGGAGGAAGAGGAGGAGGAGGAGGAGGAGGAAUAAUGAAAAGUGUUUACAGACUUGUAGGAAAUCAUCUAAUGUGUGCUUUUGAAGGUUUUUGACACAAGUGUUCAUGGCGGGGACUGAUGUUGAAAGAAAUGUAAGGUUACGGUGGAUGUGGGCUGAAAUGGCUUGCCCUUUCUUUCAGUGCAAUAUUUAAAUGUCUCAUUCGUACUUUUUCAUAACUUGUUUUUAUACUUUUGUACUUGUAAGCCAUUUGAAUGGAAAAUGGGUCUAGAUAAAUGUAAAUACGGAAUGUCUGAAGAUUGAUUGCACAUCAUUUUCCUCAAAUGUAGCUUAUAGAAAUGUUUUUUUUUCUCACAUUGUUUAAAGGUUUUGUUGAAUUGGCGGUCAGCUGAUCUACCUGUAAUCACCCAAAUCUGUCUUUAUUGGAACGUGGAAUAAAGCUGCAUGAAGUUAA